UGAACGGGACAAGCGGCAGAAAAAGUACACAGAAAAGCAAACUGCUUUCCUAUUUGAUUUUAAAUGGAAAAAUAGCACAUGGUGCAUUGAUGCCUCCCGUGAAGACGACUCACUUGGCCGGCUGGUUAAUGAUGACCACAAGUACCCAAACUGCAAGAUGAAACAGCUGGCAGUCCAGGAUAAACCUCAUCUCUGCUUGUUUGCUAUUGAAAAUAUCCAAGCGGAGAGUGAAAUCACCUAUGACUAUGGAGAAUCUAUGUGGCCAUGGCGAGCUCUGACACCAAGUGUUGAGACCCUGUCCCAACCUCCUACAGACCAAGAAGUGAGUGACAAAUCCACUUCAUUCCUCCAACAGACACCAAGUGUUGAGACCCUGUCCCAACCUCCUACAGACCAAGAAGUGAGUGACAAAUCCACUUCAUUCCUCCAACAGACACCAAGUGUUGAGACCCUGUCCCAACCUCCUACAGACCAAGAAACACCAAGUGUUGAGACCCUGUCCCAACCUCCUACAGACCAAGAAACACCAAGUGUUGAGACCCUGUCCCAACCUCCUACAGACCAAGAAACACCAAGUGUUGAGACCCUGUCCCAACCUCCUACAGACCAAGAAGCCAGACAAAAAUCUCGAGUUCUCACCUUUCACCAGACAGCUACCUCAGAGCAGAUCUCUACUGAUGAAUUCUCAGAUUGUACGGAUUAUGAAGAUAAAGACUAUUUCCCAGAUUCAUGUGGCAGUUCCUCUGACACAAGUCUCCAUAGUGUGGACAUGAAAAUCACAGAAUCUGUGGUUCCCCAAAAUACGUUAAAUGACAUGGCAUUGGAGACGGCUUCAGGACACAGUGGGAAGAUCACCAGUUCAGAGAAACCUACAACAUUUAAUUUGUCACUGAGAAGUAGCAGUCACAGUACUUCGGUAACAAGCCGCAGUUUUGAUUCAUCAGGGGUCACAUCACCUAAAAACAGCUCCAUAAAAGUCCUACCUUUGCCAAACACGGAAAGACAAAGCAAGUACAACAAGAAGCAAUACUGUCUAUAUUGUAAAAAGGCCAUUGCUAAAUUGGCAAGACACCUUGAAUCUGCCCACGGUAAUGUGCCGGAAGUUGCAAGCGCCUUCAGUUAUGAUAAAAGAUCCUGCAAAAGAAGAGAUUUGUUGCGCUCUAUUAAGAAGAGGGGAAACUUUAACCAUAAUGCUACUGUGGCAACUUCUGGUGCUGGAGAAAUGGUUGCUUGUCGAAGACCCACUACUGCAACAGGAUCUGAGGACUACCGUCAUUGUAAAUUUUGUCAAGGACUAUAUGCAAGAAAUUGCCUUUGGAGGCAUGUGAGAAGGUGCCCUCAGAGGUUUAAUGAGGAAGCUCCCUCUGGGCAAAGACGGAUGCAUCUGCAAUUACCGAAACCUGAUCAAGUUCAUGAAGCUGUAUGGAAGAUUGCUUGUGAAAUGAAUCAGGAUGACAUUUCCUUUGUAGUAACGAGUGAAAGAGACAUUCUUAGCCUUGGUGAGUCACUGUACAAUGGCAGAAAACCAAAUGAGAAAAGGAAUGAUUACAUACGCCAAAAAAUGAGAGAGAUCGCAAGGUUAUUGAUAACCGCCAGAGCUAUGACACCUUUGAAGAGCACAGAAGACCUUGUUAUGCCUACUAACUUUCCCCAUGUCAUACAAGCAGUCAGAGCUGUUGCUGGUUAUGAGCAGGAGAGCAACUCAUAUAAAACCCCAUCCUUGGCUUUGAAAUUGGGACACAGUUUGGCUAAAGUUGCAAGCAUUGUGCAGUGUAAAGCCAUCAUUGCAAAUCGCUAUGAUGUUGCAGAGUCAGCCAAGCAGUUUGCCACUCUGUAUGAAAAAAAGUGGUCAGAGUCCAUUUCAGCUGCUGCAUUGGGCACACUUCAACAAGCCAAAUGGAAUAAACCACAGAUUUUGCCAUUUACACAGGAUGUGUCACUGCUGCAUACGUUUCUUGCUACCAAGUCCGCAAUGUACAUGAAGGACCUUGAGGAAAAACCCAACAGCACAACCUUCGGAAAUCUUGCUCAAGUGACUUUGACGCAGGUAGUGCUAUUUAACAGAAAAAGGCAAGGAGAAGUUUCAAAAAUGGAGCUCCAGGUUUUUACAUCCCGGAAUCGCACAGAGUUGAAUCCUGACAUUAUGAUCGGCCUAACUGAGUUUGAAAGGAAACUUGCAAAGCACUUUGACAGAGUUGAGAUUCGUGGUAAAAGAUCAAGAAUGGUACCUGUGCUUCUCACACCUGACAUGAUCACUGCAAUGGAGCUCCUCGCAAAAGCCAGAAGUGAGUGUCAAGUCCACACAGAGAAUGUGUACUUGUUUGCACGCCCAGGUGUCCUUUCCCAUUACAGAGGCUCUGACUGCUUUCGCAAGUAUGCAAAUAAAUGUGGUGCAAAGUACCCAGAGGCCCUUACCUCAACAAGAUUGCGGAAACAAGUUGCCACUUUGUCCACAGUACUAAAUCUAAAAGAAAAUGAAAUGGAUCAACUUGCCACCUUUCUCGGACACGACAUCCGUGUCCAUCGAGAAUUCUACCGGCUUCCAGAGAGUACCCUGCAGCUUGCAAAAGUCAGCAAACUGUUGAUUGCAAUGGAGAAAGGAAAACUGUCUGACCUGCAGGGGAAAGGGCUGGAUGACAUCGUGAUCAAUCCUGAUGAUGAAGCAGUUACAAGUGAUGAUGAUUCCAGUGGAGAAACCAUCACUGACCCUCAACAACACAAAGGCUCAAGGACCAAGAAUUCUGGGAACCAAAGCCACACACUUUACUCAGCUUCCCUGGACAAUAUGGAGGGCGCUUCUGCCUCAACCACCCUGGACAAUAUGGAGGGCGCUUCUGCCUCAACCACCCUGGACAAUAUGGAGGGCGCUUCUGCCUCAACCACCCUGGACAAUAUGGAGGGCGCAUCUGCCUCAACCACCCUGGACAACAUGGAGGGCGCUUCUGCCUCAACCACCCUGGACAAUAUGGAGGGCGCUUCUGCCUCAACCACCCUGGACAGCAAAAACAUCAGCAACACUGCACCAGGAAAGGCUGGGAAGGCAAGGUGCAAGUGGACAGAUGAUGAAGUAAAGGCUGUUGAGCGGCACUUACUUCAUUUCAUAACAAGCUGCAAAGUACCUGGCAAAAAGGAAUGUGACUCCUGCAUCCAAGCAGAGCCGGCAGCUCUGAAAGGCAGAGACUGGGUUGCCAUAAAGUAUUACAUCCACAACAGGAUCGUAGCAUUGAAAAGAAAGAUGAAUAAAUAAAAUUACAAAAUGCAGGUUCAGGAAUGCUGCAUCAGUUAAAAUUAACUUGAUUUUCAUUUUUAUUUUUUUUUAAUUUUUGACUUUGUCUGUUGGGUUAGUAAUGACUAAGUUACUCAGUCCUUUCUCCUGGUUUUUGCCAUCAUAAGUUAAUACUCAAGGGAGAUAGUUUGUUACUCUCAGUUAUUUCAGUAUUGCAGGUCACUCACAGUUAUUUCAGUAUUACAGGUCUCUGCAUUGCAUUGUUUAUACCCAUAAAUCUGUUUAUUAUGGGUGCAUUUUGUAAUUAAAAAAUAAGA